AUGUCUCUGGCCGAGGAGCUUAUGGCUGAUUUCGAUGACGACGAUGAUGAUGAUUUGGAGGACAUUCCAGAUCCAGCCGAAAAUUUCCAGGGUGUGAAAAAAGAGGAGCUUGACGACGAUGAAAUUGAAGAAGCGUUGGAAGAAGCAAUGGAUACGUCGAAGUAUACAUCAGUUCACGAUGUAGCGAAACUUGCGAGAUCCGGAGAGUACCUUGCACUGGUUGCUCAGUUGGGAAUCGAACUGAAGCGGCCGCAAGAUGAAGUGAAAGUCACGGCUCCACUAGAAGCGGAUCCACAGUAUAAGCUCAUCGUUAAGCUAUCACAUGUCGCAGCAGAUAUUGACAACGAGAUAAAUGUGAUUCACAAAUUCGUUCGUGACAAAUAUGAAAAACGCUUCCCGGAACUCGAAACUCUCGUCCCAAACGCUCUGAAUUAUCUGGCUACCGUACAGCUUCUCAAGAACGAUAUUAACAGUAAAGCGUUGAAGGAACAACUUGGUAGCAUUUUGGAUGCAUCAACAUGUAUGGUCGUCAGUGUCACCGUCUCAACUACCCAGGGAGUGAAGCUUGAACCAGAUGAGCUGAAGAUUGUAAUGGAUGCUUGUGACUUGGCUGCACAGUUACACGUAAAUCGAAUUGAAAUGCAUCAACUCGUUGAGUGGAGAAUGGCCCUGAUUGCUCCAAACCUCGUUGCUCUACUAGGUGCGGCAACCACAGCUCAUCUCGUUUCACAAGCAGGAGGACUAUCUCCACUCGCUACGAUGCCUUCCUGCAACGUUCAAGUUCUGGGAAAGACGAAGAAAAAUCUAAUUGGUUUCUCUAGUGUUUCAACAAAUCCUCAUCACGGAUUCAUUUAUUUCCAUCCAUUGGUACAAGCAAUGCCUCCUGAUCUCAAAAACAAGGCCGCCAAAAUUCUUGCGGCGAAAGUCACAUUAGUAGCCAGAAUUGAUGCGCAGCAUGAAUCACCAAAUGGAGAGAAAGGUGCAGAUUUUCUUGCUCUCGUCAAUAACAAGUUUGAAAAGAUGUUGGAACCACCACCAGUGAAGGCUAACAAAGCUUUACCAAAACCUUUGGAUAAGGCGAGUAAGAAAAGAGGAGGAAGACGGAUGAGAAAGAUGAAAGAGCGUCUUGGAAUGACUGAUCUUCGAAAGAGCGCCAAUCGUAUGAAUUUUGGAGAGUUGGCCGAAGAUGUUAUGCAGGAGCACAUGGGAUUCGAUAUCGGUCAGGUGAAGACUGGAAACGUGACCGGAGGAAGAAUAAGAACAGCAGCUGUCGAUCAGAAGACCAGAGCAAGAAUGUCACAAAAAAUGAUGCGACAGAUGGAGAAACAGAAAGCGAACGGGGGUUUGACAAGUAUCCGAAGCAAGAUGGCAGGAACCGCAUCUUCUGUUACUUUCACACCCGUCCAAGGUCUGGAAAUUAUCAAUCCAGCUGCGCAAGAACAACAGCAAAGCUCAUCGACUUCCAACUACUUCUCUUCGUCUGGCAGCUUUGUGAAUAUCGACCGAAUGACAUUGUAA